CAAUCAGGUGACGUCAUUGACCUUUAACUGUUAUUAAGCGUGUUUGUCAAUGUGUUAAAAUGUUGAGAUCCGUUUUCAUAUGUUUAUUUCAACAAACAACUCUUUGUCUUGAUUUAUUAUAACUAUUUUUUUUCAAAGUGGAGUGUGUCUGUUUUGACGUCAAUGACGUUGGCUGGCGUGCUCGUACUUCUUCCGGGUUAGUAUCCUCGCUCUUUCUCAGGCAUGCUUUUGGAUUUGUGUACCCACAUGAUAUGUGGAGGCCAACUAAAGACUGGAAAAUAAGAUGAGCUCUCAGAAAGGUAAUAUAUCUCGGUCGCGAGGCCAGAGGCAUCAAAACACCGUUGCCUUCAAAAACGACAAGUACGGAGCGACUGCUCAAGUGAAGAAGGCCAAAUCGCUGACCCAUGAUGGGCUCUGUCAACACUGUAAGGAUGUUCUUGAGUGGAAAGUGAAGUACAACAAAUACAAGUCACUCACACAGCCCAGAAAAUGUGUCAAGUGCUCUCAAAAGGCUGUGAAGGAUGCGUAUCACAUCAUUUGCAAGCCCUGUUCUCUUCAGCUACAGAUCUGCUGCAAGUGUGGGAAGAAAGAGGACAUCGUUAUCCCAGUAAACUCACAAGUGGAUCAGAAACAGAAAGAAGAAGACGGUGGACAAAGAAAUAAAGGACAUGGGCUGGGGGAGAGGAAGAACGUGGAUGACUUGGACAGUGAUGAUGAUGAUGAUGACUUAAGUGACGUUGGAGACGAUGAUGAUGAAGGAGAGGAUUUUGAUGAUGACCCAGAACCAAAGAACAAGUCUGAUGUGCUCCCAGAUGUCUCUCGAGUCAACGUUAAGGACUAAAGACAAUGAAUGGACUCUUUUUACAAAUUGACUUUUUUUUUUUUUAAACAUGUGCAAAACAAGUAAGAUGAAUAAGUGCUUUGAAAUAUACUGUGCAUACGUGUGUGUCUGUGUGUGAUGUAUUAAAAAGAUUUUACAUGGU